AUGUCUACGAAAAAAGAAGAGCCCUCACUGGGGCUGAACGACUUUGUCAAGAAGCUUUUCCAGAUGCUCUCCGAGGACAAGUACAUGAGCGUCGUCCGCUGGACCGCCAGUGGGAACAGCUUCGUCGUCUUGGACACCAACGAGUUCACCAAAGAGAUCCUACCGCGGCACUUCAAGCACUCCAACUUUGCUUCCUUUGUGCGCCAGUUGAACAAGUACGAUUUCCACAAGGUCAAGAUCCUGAAUGAAGAGAAACAGCACUACGAGUACGGCGACGACGCCUGGGAGUUUCAGCACCCCGAGUUCCGCAAGGACGACCCGAACGCUUUGGAGAACAUCAGAAGAAAAGCGCCCACCAAGAAGGAACCCGCCUACGAGGCCAACCCACACUACGACCAGCAGAUUGGCCUGAUAAGACUGGAGUUGGCCCAGGCUCGGGAAGAACUCAAGGGCAUGAACAAGAAGUACUCGGCGCUAUUGGACAAUGUCGUCACGCUAAGAACAUUCAAUGAGCGCCAGGCCCGUCUGAUGGGCAUGUUGGUCAACGCUUUGGGCGAUGCUGGCAUAAAAUUGCCUCCCUUGGACCUCCCCAAUCCAAGUGCUUUGAAUUUGCUGCCGGGCCAGCCUUCGCCGCAACAACCAGAGCGAACAGUGGUGAAACAGGAACCGGGACAUCUGCGAUCGGGCUCCGGCUCUGUGCCUGAGUACGACUACAACUCGCUGGUUCGGGGCCAGAGCAACAGAGGGUCUCAUUCCAGCCACCCCAGCCUCAACCACGUGAGCCACACUAGACAUCCUUCUUCAACGCUGCCCUUGGGAGGAGAUGUCGUGGGUCCUGUUUCCACAGCGACCAUACCCAAUCCGAAGUUCCACGUGCUUUUGGUCGAGGACGAUAACGUUUGUAUUCAGUUGUGCCGCAAGUUCUUGAUGAAGUACGGGUGCCAAGUGACGGUGGUGACCGACGGCCUCAAUGCCAUUUCCACGGUGGAACAGACCAAGUAUGAUCUUGUGCUCAUGGACAUUGUGAUGCCUAAUCUUGAUGGCGCCACAGCUACCAAUAUCAUCCGUUCGUUCGAUACGAGAACCCCGAUCAUCGCCAUGACUGCCAACAUCCAGGACGCAGAUUUGGUCAACUACUUGCAAAACGGUAUGUCGGACAUUUUGGCCAAGCCCUUCUCCAAAGACGAUUUGUAUGCUAUCUUGACAAAACACUUGAUGUCAGCGUCCAAGGCAGCAGAGUACGAAAACAACAGCACAGAAAUGCGUACGCUACCGUUGGACGGAACCACCCCGGCGAUGGACCAGCUGCUAGGCAUGGACCUGUCUGUGAACAUGGGUCAGCAGAUGCCACAGCAAAACAUUCCUGAGCAGAUGGGCCAGCCUAUGAUGGACUCUAUGGAAGCUGUUGAACAGCCGCCGAAAAAGCAAAGGAAACACUAG